AUGGCGGUAAAUCGGAUCCAGAAGGCUUUCGCCGUUCCUAGGAAGGGCGAGACUUUUGAGCUGAGGGCGGGACUAGUCUCGCAGUAUGCCUGGGAACGAAAGGAGUCCAUUCAGAAGACCAUCAUGGCGAUGACGCUAGGGAAGGAUGUCUCCGCGCUGUUCCCCGAUGUGCUGAAGAACAUUGCGACGGGUGACCUGGACCAGAAGAAACUCGUCUAUCUAUACCUGAUGAACUAUGCCAAAUCACACCCCGAUCUCUGUAUUCUUGCCGUCAACACAUUCGUCCAAGACGCGGAAGACCCGAACCCCCUGAUACGAGCUUUAGCCAUACGGACGAUGGGAUGCAUUAGGGUAGAUAAGAUGGUAGACUACAUGGAGGAACCCCUUCGCAAGACGUUACGAGACGAGUCGCCCUACGUUCGGAAAACCGCCGCCAUCUGCGUCGCCAAACUGUUCGAUCUAAACCCAACUAUGUGUAUAGAAAACGGGUUCCUCGAAACACUCCAGGAAUUGAUCGGAGACCCCAACCCUAUGGUCGUUGCCAACUGCGUCCAGGCGCUCUCGGAGAUCUACGAAACCGCCCCCGAAACUCGAGCCCUCGUCAUCACACCCAACACUCUGAAGAAGCUUUUGCUGGCACUUAACGAGUGUACGGAAUGGGGAAGGGUGACGCUAUUGACAACCCUCGCGUCGUACCCUGCGCGCGACGUGAAGGAGUCGGAGCACAUUUGCGAAAGGGUGGCGCCGCAGUUCCAGCACGUGAACCCCAGCGUCGUCUUGGCCGCCGUGAAGGUUGUAUUUAUGCAUAUGAGGAUCAUUAACGCUGAUCUCGUUCGUCAAUAUCUCAAAAAGAUGGCUCCUCCUCUUGUCACCCUCGUCUCCUCCGCCCCUGAAGUACAAUACGUCGCUCUCCGAAACAUCGACCUCCUUUUGCAAGCCAAGCCCGACAUUCUUAGCAAGGAAAUGCGAGUCUUUUUCUGCAAAUACAACGAUCCGCCCUACGUCAAGCUCCAGAAGCUCGAAAUCAUGGUCAGGAUAGCCAACGAGAAGAACUGCGACCAGCUGUUGGCGGAAUUGAAGGAGUAUGCGCUAGAAGUCGACAUGGACUUUGUGCGACGUGCGGUCAAGGCUAUCGGACAGGUUGCCAUCAAGAUCGAGAGUGCCAGCGAGAAGUGCGUGAACACUCUCCUAGAUCUUAUAUCCACCAAGGUCAACUAUGUGGUCCAGGAGGUAGUUGUCGUGAUCAAGGAUAUUCUCCGGAAGUAUCCAGGAUACGAGGGUGUCAUUCCUACUCUUUGCAAGUAUAUCGACGAGCUUGACGAGCCUAAUGCCCGUGGGUCGUUGAUUUGGAUCGUUGGCGAGUAUGCGGAGAAGAUUAGCAACGCGGAUGAGAUUCUGUCGAGCUUCGCCGAUGGCUUUAUGGAGGAGUUUACACAGACACAACUGCAAAUCCUUACUGCAGUUGUAAAGCUGUUCCUCAAGAAGCCUGCAGGCAACCAGGCCCUCGUACAGAAGGUGCUCCAAGCGGCGACGGCGGAGAACGAUAACCCUGAUAUCAGGGACAGGGCAUAUGUCUACUGGCGCCUUCUGUCUGGCGAUCUUGACGUUGCAAAGAAUAUUGUUCUCUCGCAGAAGCCGGCAAUCUCAACUACAAUUGCCAGUCUCCCUCCCGCAUUACUCGAGCAAUUGCUGGGCGAACUCUCCACACUAGCGUCGGUGUACCACAAGCCUCCCGAGUCCUUCGUCGGCAAGGGUCGUUUCGGCGCAGACGAGAUCCAGCGUGCCGCCAUCCAAGAGCAACGGCAAAACGCAGCCGAAAACCCCAUCGCCGCCUCAGUGGCCGCCGUCGCGUCCGCCAACGGCGCCGCCCAGAACAACGUCGAGAACCUCCUCGAUAUCGACUUUGACGGCGCGGCGCCAGCUUCGCAAGAACCGAGCAGCAAUGCGGGCGGCGCUUCGAGUAGCAGCAUGGCGGAUAUGAUGGGCUUGUUCGAUGCGCCGCCCGCGGCGUCUUCGUCGUCGCCUGCCGCGGGCGGCGCAAGUGGUGGUAUGGCUGAUCUUAUGAACGGGUUCGCGGGGCUCGAUUUCGGGGCUAGCACGUCGAGCCAACCGUUGCCGGCAGCGAUGCAGCUUGCUCAGCAGUCUGGUUCGCAGCCAGCGAAGCCACCGGCACAGCAGAAUGAUAGCGAGGAUCUUCUUGGUCUCUUGUAG